UCGUGUGUUGGACAGGUCACGGUUUAGAGGACAGGGGAGCUCCAGGAGGGAAUGGGUGCCUCAGCAGCGGGGUCAGCUUGAGCCUCCUGAAAGCUAAGGACACGUGAAGAUGCGGUUUAGCGUUUGGCUUCUGUGGGCGACGUUCUUCUACACCUGCGCUCAGUACUUUCAGAGAUGCAUGUGCCAGGAGCUCCGUCCACCAGGAUUGGACAAGAGGACAAAGAGUCAGGUCAAGGAGCAUGGCGGUGGACGCCAGCACGCGCUUCACAGAAGCAGGCCACACCACAGGAAAGUCUUCAGAGCCCGUGCUGAGGAAAGCCCGCCAUCCAUCGUGCACCACCCCUCCGACGUGGUGGUGAAAGUCGGCAAUCCCGCCACCCUGUCUUGCCGAGUGGAAGGAAACCCAAGGCCAACCAUCGAGUGGCUGCACAACGGCCAGCCGCCGGUGUGGACCAAAGUCGGGGGCCAACUGCAGCCCCUGGUGUUAUCGGAGGGCAGCCUCUUCUUUCUGAACGUGGGCGGGAACAAGCGAGGCCCGUCUCAUGAAGGGGUGUACACCUGUGUGGCCACCAACAGCGCAGGGAGGGCCGUGAGCCGCAAUGCUUCGCUGCAUAUCGCAGUGUUACAGGAGGAGUUCGGGGUGCAACCCAGUGACAUGGAGGUGGCCGAGGGGGAGACGGCCAUCCUUGACUGUGAACCUCCGACUGGGCACCCGGAGCCCAAUGUGAUGUGGAAGAAGGAUGGACUUCCCAUCAAAACCAGUGACUUCCACUACGCUGUGGUCAGUGGGAAGCUGGUCAUCUCUCCAGCACAGAAGAACCACUCUGGCGUGUACGUGUGUGUCGCCAGUAACACAGUGGGAGUGAGAGAGAGUCGCGCGGCUCGACUUUCUGUGCUUGCCAAACCAGUGCUGGUGCUGAAGCCGGAGGAUGCGUCGGUGAAAGUAGGCGAGUCAGCACAGUUCUACUGCCAGGCGAAAGGUGACCCUCCUCCUGCGGUGGUCUGGAGCCGAGAGCAGGGGCCGCUGCCCAACGGCAGGUACCUGGUAGACCCAGACCAGACCCUUCAGAUUCACUAUGUGACUCCUCUGGAUGCUGGGAGAUACACAUGCACUGCUGCCAAUGAUGUGGGCGUGGUCAGCGCCAGUGGUCAGCUGACGGUGGAAGAUGUGGCCGAUACGGAACAGAAGGACCUGCACAAGGAGCUCUCUGCCCUGCGAGUGGUUCUGGAGGACGUGGCCAUCAUGGCGCCGGGCUCCAACAUGUCCAGAGCUCAGUGGAGGCUCCAGUCUCUGCCGGCUCAGCCUCACUACCUGGAUGGAUUUGAAGUUCUGCAUCGAUCCCUGCUGCCCACCACCUCAGACUGGACGGCAAAGAAGGUGGAGCUGCCUGGUUACCAGACUCAGCUCGGCCCGUUACGAAGAGGCUUCAAGUAUGAGUUCAAGGUCCGGCCUUUCGGCGGCAGCUUGUACGGGAGAGAGAGCAACACCCGGCACCUGCGGGUCCCUGAGAUCGCCCCUGGUUCCCCUCCUCAGGCUGUGUCCACCUCAGUGAGUCCUGAGAAGAACAACUCUGUUCACCUAAACUGGCAGCCUCCUCCUCCAGACUUCCAUAACGGAAUCAUCCAGGGAUACCAGGUGUGGUGUGUGGAGCCGGAGGAGAACCAGUACCAGAACUGGACGGUGGACAGUAGCCGACACGGCCUUGAUAUCUCCGGCCUGCAGUCGGGGAAACACUACUGGAUCACAGUCGCGGCUGUAAACGGAGCCGGAGUGGGAAUGUUGAGUGACCCUCACGGCUUCAUCAUUGACCCUCUGCUCGGCUCACCAGCCGACACCAACAGCCCAAAUGCCUCCAGCUUCCUGGCCCUGCUGCAGAACCCAGUGUUUAUCGGCUGCAUCUGCGCCCUCUCGUGGUGCAUCCUGAUGAUCGCAGCAGUGUGUCUGUUCAGACACCACAGCCGGAUGGGAGCCCUGAUGCCGGGGCGGGACGGAGCGAAAGGUUUGCACCGACUUCACGGUGAAGAUCUCAUCAUCAAGCACAGGAUGGUGGCUCCUGACUCUCCAUGGAUCUCUGGCACCUGGAGACCAGCUUUCAACCAGAAGUACCAGGACCUGUGGGCUCAGGGCCACAAACAACCCGCACUCAGGAGCACUGCAUGCCCUGCCAAGAAGGAGUUGGAUGGCCUGGACGCCUCUGUUCCCAUAGUGACGGACAGCUGUGGGGUCUAUGGAACCUUCUAUGUGGAUCUGAUGGGAAGCGGUCUCAGGACCUUCAACAGUCCGGGCCGUUGUCCCAAGAUGCCCCACGGACCUCCUCAGCAGCCGGGAGCCGAGACCAUUCAGAUAUUCACUCAGCCAACAGCCAAGACUCCGCCCCUCGGUAGCCGUGAGCUGUUACCGUGGAAACAAGGCAUCCGACCGCAGCCCAAGAUGGGCGUGCUGAGGGAGUCGUGGGAGAAGAACUGCAGUAAGCAAGAACUCCAGGCAGUGAACAGCGUCCCCUUAUUAACCACUAGGGGGCAGGCUUGUCCAUCCGGCGUCUGCAAACAGCGGCUCAGUCAUGUGCCCUCAGCAGUGCAGCAGGAGAAGGCUUCUCGUCUGCUGCAUUACUCUGCCUCCCUGCACCUGGUGGACAUGCUGCCCCCCCCUCCACCACUGCUUCCCCUGGAGGAUGUCCCGGGCACCACCUCCCUCAGCUCAGAUGAAGGCUCCAGUCGCUCCACAAAGCUGACAGUGGACCUCGGUUCUGCUGAGUCCUUGUGUGGAGACUCCGGUCACAAGGUGGCCCCCCGACCCUGCGACGCCCCCUACAGCCUGGACGAUGACCAGGAUGGGACGCUGACCGCCCAGGAGGCCGUCCAGUACCUGGAGCUGAGCCGCUGCCCGGAGCGGCUCAGCGUCCUCCCGGAGCAGCGCCCCUCCCUCCCCCACCUUCGGCCCCUCCCUCACCCGGCGGUCUCCCACACCCGCUCCGUUCCCGACGAGCUGGAGCCGACGGGUCGGCGGCGGUCCCACCUCCGCAGCACGCCCUCGUCCUGCUACAGCGAGUGGGACGGCUCGCUGUGGAACACCUGGAGCUCGGUGAUGGACGGAGACAUGUCCAGCGCUCGCACCAGCCUCAUCAGCUCGGUGGACAGCUGCUGCACCAGCGACAGCGCCCACCUGGCCAGGCUGCUGGCUGCUGCCGCCGCCGCUGAUUCUGUGAGCGGAGCCUCGCUCUCAGACUUCUCACCCCCCGCAUCACCUCUCAGCGGGCUGUACGCGCCCUUCCGACCUGAAGUGGAGCGGUUCGCGGAGCCCGUCCCCGCGUGGGACUGGAGUCUGGCCUGGGUGGAGGAGAUGGAGGCCCAGUACCGCAACCACUACCUGAACAAGAGAAGACACGAGCAAGACUCCGCUGCCAAGAGGGAGUUCUGAGAGGCCCAACCAGGGUUUCCUUUAUUUAAAUCAUUUUACCCAGUGUUUAGCUUUUGUAUCUCUGUUGUGUGUCUGAAACACAAUAUAGUUGUGUUUAGCUGAAAGUUUCCCUCUUUAAAUUCCUGUCAUUUGACUAGAGGAUAGUGUUUUCACAGCAUACUUUUCUAUACAUUAAUUGUAGAAUUGCAAUAUUUUACUACACAGAUUAUAUAUAUAUAUAUAUAAAUUCAUAUAAAUAUAUUUGCAGCGCUGAUAGCGAUGAUAAAAUGUGUCACAUGAAGUGAGAGCUGAGCUGUUUGAUAUAAAAUG